CGGCUGAAAGAAGAGAAGGAGGCCAAGAGGGCUCGUCUGGACGGGAGGCACGACUAUCUGUUUGCAAUCGUGGCUUCCUGUUUGGACCUGAGCAAGCUCGAAGUGGAAGAUGCUCUCCUCGAGGGUAAUCAGAUUGAAAGAAUCGAUCAGCUUUUUCUUGCUGGAGGACUCCGUCAUCUCAUGUUUUACUAUCAGGAUGUCGAGGGAGCAGAAGCAGGACCAUUUGGCUCUUCAGGAGGGGUAAAUCCUGUUUCUGGGAAGCUGAAAAAGCCCAAGGUGUUUGUGACGGAAGGAAAAGACGUUGCUCUUACAGGAGUAUGUGUAUUCUUCAUCAAGUCUGACCCAUCCAAAGCCAUUACCGCUGAGAAUAUCCACCGGGAGGUGAGCUUCAACACGUUAGACACUGCAGAUGGGGGCCUGCUGAACAGCGUGAGGCGUCUGCUUGCAGACAUCUUCAUUCCAGCCCUCAGAGCCUCCAGCCAUGGCUGGGGUGAGCUCCAGGGACUGCAGGAUGCGUCCAACAUUCGGCAGGAGUUCCUGAGCUCCCUGGAAGGUUUUGUGGGCAUCUUGUCAGGUGCACAGGAGAGUCUAAAGGAGAAGGUAAACCUUCAAAAAUGUGAUGUAUUUGAACUGACAUCCCUGAAGGAACCCGUGGACUACUUGGCUCUAGCUAGUAACCCCGAGACUGUGGAAAAGGCAGAAUGUUGUAUGAAGGUGUGGAUCAAACAGACAGAACAGAUCCUUGCUGAGAACAAUCAGCUGCGGAAGGAAGCAGAUGAUGUGGGGCCCCGAGCAGAGUUGGAACACUGGAAAAAAAGGCUCUCCAAAUUUAAUUACCUUUUAGAUCAAUUGAAAGGCCCUGAGGUGAAGGCUGUCCUGGCAGUGCUCGCUGCGGCCAAGUCCAAACUGCUGAAGGCUUGGCGGGAGACAGACAUUAGGAUCACUGAUGCAGCUAAUGAAGCAAAGGACAACGUCAAAUAUUUGUAUACACUGGAGAAAUGUUGUGACCCUCUGUACAGCAGUGACCCUAUAACUAUGAUAGAUGCUAUUCCUACACUUAUAAAUGCAAUUAAAAUGAUCUACAGCAUCUCUCAGUACUAUAACACCUCCGAGAAGAUCACAUCUCUGUUUGUAAAGGUGACAAAUCAGAUGAUAUCUGCAUGUAAAGCCCACAUCACCAGCAAUGGGACUGCCACCAUCUGGAGCCAGCCUCAGGACCUUGUUAUGCAAAAGAUAUCAUCUGCCAUUCAACUUAAGCAGGGGUACCAGAGCUGCUUCCAUGAGACGAAACAAAAGCUUAAGCAAAAUCCAAGUGAAAAACAAUUUGACUUUAGUGAGAUGUAUAUAUUUGGAAAAUUUGAAACUUUCCAUCGACGUCUGGCCAAGAUAAUGGACAUCUUUUCAACCUUCAAGACAUACUCAGUUCUGCAAGAUUCUAAAAUCGAGGGGUUGGAAGACAUGGUCACUAAAUACCAGGAUAUUGUUGCUUCCAUAAAGAAGAAGGAAUAUAACUUCUUAGAUCAGCGGAAAACGGAUUUUGACCAGGAUUAUGAAGAGUUUUGCAAGCGGACUAAUGACCUUCAUGAUGAGUUGCAGAAGUUCAUGGACGUCACAUUUGAAAAGAUUCAAAGCACAAGGCAAGCUCUGAGCACGCUGAAGAAAUUUGAAAGAUUGAAUAUACCUAACCUUGGUAUUGAGGAAAAAUAUCAAGUAAUUUUUCAGAAUUUUGGUGCUGACAUCGACAUGAUUUCUAAGCUGUAUACAAGACAGAAAUAUGAUCCUCCCCUGGCUCGGAACCAGCCUCCCAUAGCUGGGAAGAUCUUGUGGGCCCGGCAGCUAUUCCACAGGCUGGAGCAGCCAAUGCAACUCUUCCAGCAGCACCCCUUUGUGUUGAGGACUGCAGAGGCCAAGCCUGUGAUACGGAGUUACAACAGGAUAGCCAAGGUCCUCUUGGAGUUUGAGGUCCUCUACCAUAGGGCAUGGCUUCAGCAGAUUGAAGAAAUUCACAUAGGUCUUGAGGCUUCUUUAUUGGUGAAGGCUCCAGGCACAGGGGAAUUGUUUGUGAACUUUGAUCCUCAGAUAUUAAUCUUAUUUAGAGAAACAGAAUGCAUGUCCCAGAUGGGUCUGCCAGUCUCGCCUUUUGCAGCUGCUCUCUUCCAGAAGCGGGACAUGUACAAAAAGAACUUCAGUGACAUGAAGAUGAUGCUGUCUGAAUACCAGAGAGUGAAGUCAAAAAUGCCUCCUCCCAUUGAGCAAUUGAUGGUCCCACACUUGGCUAGAGUGGAUGAAGCCCUCCAGCCUGGCUUGGCUGCCCUGACUUGGACGUCCCUGAAUAUUGGGACAUAUUUAGAAAAUGCUUUUGCAAAGAUCAAGGACCUGGAGCUGCUGCUUGACCGGGUGAACGAUUUGAUUGAGUUCCGAAUCAAUGCCAUUCUGGAAGAAAUGAGCAGCAUGCCACUCUGUCAGCUCCCUCAGGAGGACCCCCUUACUUGUGAAGAAUUCCUCCAAAUGACAAAGGACCUUUGUGUGAAUGGUGCUCAGAGACUCCAUUUUAAAAGCUCCCUAGUGGAAGAAGCAGUCAAUGAGCUAAUAAACAUGUUACUGGAUGUGGAUGUCCAAGCUGAAGAAGCAGGUGAAAAAGUUUCUCACAAGGAUGCCGGUUCUAACGGUGACACUUCAGGUGAGCAGGGAGAAGGACAUUCUGAGGUGUUGGCAUCUUCCUUUAAUUCUGGGUCUUGUCCUCUGCCUUUGACAGCAACCACAAGGAAGAAAAAGGAAAGUGAGAUGUUAGAGGAAGCCCGUGAGCUGCUUUCUCAUUUUAACCAUCAAAACGCUGAUGCUCUCUUGAAGGUGACAAGGAACACUCUGGAGGCCGUUCGCCGGCGCAUUCAUUUCUCCCACAUGGUUAACUUCCGGGACAGUAACAAUGCAUCAAAGACAAAGCAGAACCAUCUUCCCAUUUUUCGGGCAAGCAUCACUCUGGCCAUUCCCAACAUUGCUAUGACUCCUGCCCUGGAAGACAUACAACAGACACUGAACAAAGCUGUGGAAUGCAUCAUCAAUGUCCCCAAGGGGGUUAGACAGUGGAGCAUUGAGCUGCUGUCCAUGAGGAAGUUGCAUGAAAGAAAAAUGGCUGCCCUGAAGAACAGUGAAGACAGUGAUUCUGAUGUUGAGGCGGAGGAAAGUGAGCUGCAAGAAACCCUGGAGAUAGCGUCUGUAAAUUUGCCCAUUCCUGUGCACACCCAGAAUUACUAUAAGAAUAUUUCUGACAACAAAGAGAUUGUAAAAUUAGUCUCCGUGCUCAGCACAAUCAUCAACUCCACCAAGAAGGAAGUUAUCACAUCCAUGGAUCGCUUCAAAUGCUACAACCACAUUUGGCAGAAGGAGAAAGAAGAAACCGUUAUGUCAUUUAUUGCACAAAACCCUUUGCUUUCUGAAUUUGAGUCUAGGAUUCUUUAUUUCCAACGUCUGGAGCAGGAAAUUAAUGCAGAGCCCGAAUACAUCCGUGUGGGUUCCAUUGCUCUGUACACAGCUGAUUUGAAGUUUUCUCUGACAGCAGAGACAAAAGCCUGGAUGGUUGUUAUUGGCCGUCACUGUAACAAAAAAUACAGGAGUGAGAUGGAAAGCAUAUUUGCGGUUGUUGAAGAAUUCCAAAAGAAACUGAACCGGCCUAUUAAAGACUUGGAUGAUAUUCGGAUUGCAAUGGUUGCUCUGAAAGAAAUCAGGGAGCAGCAGAUCUCUACAGACUUCCAAGUGGGACCCAUUGAGGAAUCUUAUGCCCUGCUUAACAAGUAUGGACUUCUGGUUGCCAAGGAAGAGAUGGACAAAGUUGACACUCUGCGCUAUGCUUGGGAGAAGCUGCUGGCCCGGGCCGGUGACCUUCAGAAUGAGCUAGUCUCUCUGCAGCCCAGUUUCCGGAAAGAGCUGAUUGGUGUGGUUGAAGUGUUCCUCCAAGACUGUCAGCAGUUUUACCUGGACUAUGAUUUGAAUGGUCCAAUGGCGAGUGGCUUGAAGCCCCAGGAAGCCAGCGACAGGCUUAUUAUGUUUCAGAAUCAAUUUGAUAACAUAUAUCGUAAAUAUAUCACCUACACUGGAGGAGAGGAACUUUUUGGUUUGCCAGUGACUCAGUAUCCUCAGCUUCUUGAGAUAAAGAAGCAGCUGAAUCUUCUACAGAAAAUAUACAGCCUAUACAACAGUGUCAUAGAAACUGUGAACAGUUAUCAAGACAGCCUUUGGUCAGAAGUGAAUAUUGAAAAAAUCAACAACGAACUCUUAGAAUUCCAGAACAGGUGUCGGAAGCUGCCCCGGGCCCUAAAGGAUUGGCAGGCUUUUCUGGAUUUGAAGAAGACCAUUGAUGAUUUCAGCGAGUGCUGCCCACUGCUGGAGUACAUGGCUAGUAAAGCCAUGAUGGAGAGACACUGGCAGAGGAUAACUGCUCUCACUGGACACAGUCUGGAUGUGGGCAAUGAAAGCUUUAAGUUGAGAAAUAUCAUGGAGGCUCCUCUUCUGAAAUACAAAGAGGAAAUAGAGGACAUCUGUAUCAGUGCAGUGAAGGAGAGAGACAUUGAACAAAAGCUGAAACAAGUGAUCUCUGAAUGGGACAACAAAACAUUAACGUUCAGCAGCUUUAAGACCCGUGGAGAACUCCUCCUGAGAGGAGACAGUACCUCAGAAGUCAUCGCCAGCAUGGAGGACAGCUUGAUGCUGCUGAGCUCUCUCCUGAGCAACAGGUACAACAUGCCAUUCAAAGCCCAGAUUCAAAAAUGGGUUCAAUGCCUUUCUAACUCAACAGACAUCAUUGAGAACUGGAUGACGGUUCAAAACUUGUGGAUUUAUCUAGAAGCUGUCUUCGUGGGAGGAGACAUUGCCAAGCAGCUGCCCAAGGAAGCCAAGCGCUUUUCCAAUAUAGAUAAGUCUUGGGUGAAGAUUAUGACACGGGCACAUGAGAUAUCCAAUGUUGUUCAGUGCUGUGUUGGAGAUGAGACCAUGGGACAGCUGCUGCCACACUUACUGGACCAGUUGGAAAUCUGCCAGAAGUCUCUCACAGGAUACCUGGAGAAGAAAAGACUGUGUUUUCCUCGCUUCUUUUUCGUGUCAGACCCUGCUCUGCUGGAGAUUCUGGGCCAGGCGUCGGACUCCCACACCAUCCAGGCCCAUUUGCUGAAUGUGUUUGACAACAUUAAGACCGUCAAGUUCCAUGACAAGAUCUAUGAUCGAAUCCUGUCAAUUUCCUCUCGGGAGGGAGAGACAAUUGAAUUGGACAAACCUGUGAUGGCAGAGGGCAAUGUAGAAGUCUGGCUUAAUUCCCUCCUGGAGGAAUCUCAGUCCUCAUUACAUCUUGUGAUUCGCCAGGCAGCUGCAAAUAUUCAAGAAACAGGUUUCCAACUGAUUGAAUUUCUUUCUUCCUUCCCUGCCCAGGUUGGAUUAUUAGGAAUUCAGAUGAUAUGGACCCGGGACUCAGAAGAAGCCCUUCGAAAUGCCAAGUUUGAUAAGAAAAUCAUGCAAAAGACCAACCAGUCCUUUCUAGAGUUACUGAACACGCUGAUCGACAUUACUACAAAGGACCUGAGUUCCAUGGAACGAGUUAAAUAUGAGACGCUGAUUACUAUUCAUGUGCACCAAAGGGACAUCUUUGAUGACUUGUGCCACAUGCAUGUCAAGAGCCCUGCGGACUUUGAGUGGCUGAAACAGUGCCGAUUUUAUUUUAAGGAAGAUUCUGACAAGAUGAUGAUCCACAUCACAGACGUGGCUUUCAUAUACCAGAAUGAAUUUUUAGGCUGCACUGACAGACUUGUCAUAACUCCACUCACAGACAGGUGCUACAUCACAUUGGCUCAAGCUCUAGGAAUGAGCAUGGGAGGAGCCCCUGCUGGUCCUGCAGGAACAGGCAAGACAGAAACCACCAAGGAUAUGGGCCGGUGUCUUGGGAAAUAUGUUGUGGUUUUCAACUGCUCAGACCAGAUGGAUUUCCGAGGACUUGGGCGGAUAUUCAAAGGGCUGGCACAGUCUGGGUCCUGGGGUUGCUUUGAUGAAUUCAACCGUAUCGAUCUACCAGUUCUCUCGGUAGCAGCCCAGCAAAUCUCCAUUAUUCUCACAUGCAAAAAGGAGCGGAAAAGAUCUUUCAUUUUUACUGAUGGAGAUAAUGUGACCAUGAACCCAGAAUUUGGACUUUUUCUAACUAUGAACCCUGGCUAUGCUGGGCGCCAGGAACUCCCGGAAAACUUGAAGAUAAACUUCCGAUCUGUGGCCAUGAUGGUCCCUGACCGUCAGAUUAUCAUCAGGGUGAAGUUGGCCAGCUGUGGCUUCAUUGACAACGUAGUUCUGGCCAGGAAAUUUUUCACACUCUACCAGCUGUGUGAGGAGCAGCUCUCGAAGCAGGUCCACUAUGACUUUGGUCUGCGUAACAUUUUGUCAGUUCUGCGCACCCUGGGGGCAGCAAAAAGAGCCAGUCCCACAGAUACAGAAUCUACCAUCGUAAUGCGAGUGCUACGUGACAUGAAUCUUUCCAAACUGAUUGAUGAAGAUGAACCCCUGUUUUUGAGUUUGAUUGAAGAUCUAUUCCCAAAUAUUCUUUUGGACAAAGCAGGCUACCCUGAGCUGGAGACAGCGAUCGGUAAACAGGUUGAGGAAGCUGGCUUAAUUAACCACCCUCCUUGGAAACUGAAAGUCAUCCAGCUGUUUGAAACGCAGAGGGUGAGGCAUGGAAUGAUGACCCUGGGACCCAGUGGAGCGGGAAAGACUACGUGCAUCCACACCCUGAUGAAAGCCAUGACAGGUUGUGGAAAACCGCACAGAGAAAUGAGGAUGAAUCCCAAAGCAAUUACUGCCCCACAGAUGUUUGGUCGGCUUGAUGUGGCCACAAAUGAUUGGACCGAUGGAAUAUUUUCUACCCUUUGGAGGAAAACACUGAAAGCCAAGAAAGGGGAACAUAUCUGGAUAGUUCUUGAUGGUCCAGUUGAUGCCAUCUGGAUUGAAAAUCUGAAUUCUGUUUUGGAUGAUAAUAAAACUCUGACUCUGGCCAAUGGUGAUCGGAUUCCCAUGGCUCCAAACUGCAAGAUUGUUUUUGAACCUCAUAACAUUGACAAUGCUUCUCCUGCCACCGUCUCAAGAAAUGGAAUGGUUUUCAUGAGUUCCUCUGUCCUUGAUUGGAGCCCUAUUCUUGAGGGUUUUCUCAAGAGACGAUCUCCUCAAGAGGCUGAAAUCCUGCGACAGCUGUAUGCAGAGACUUUCCCGGACCUGUAUCGUUUCAGCAUUCAGAACCUGGAGUACAAGAUGGAGGUACUAGAAGCCUUUGUGAUCACACAGAGCACCCACGUGUUGCAAGGACUGAUCCCUCCAAAGGAGCAGGCCGGGGAGGUGAGCUCAGAGUACCUGGGGAGGCUGUUUGUCUUUGCCAUGAUGUGGAGUGUGGGCGCCGUCCUGGAGUUGGAAGGUCGCAGGAGGCUGGAACUCUGGCUACGUUCUCGAGAGGUGCCCACGCUGCCCCUGCCGCAGCCAACGGAUCCCGAGGACACCAUGUUCGACUACUACGUUGCACCGGAUGGUUCCUGGAGGCAUUGGAGCAUGUGUACCCUGGAAUAUGUGUAUCCACCUGAUACCACCCCAGAAUACGGUUCUAUUUUGGUGCCAAAUGUAGACAAUGUGAGGACUGACUUCCUAAUUAAAACCAUUGCCAAACAAGGCAAGGCUGUGCUGUUAAUUGGUGAGCAAGGAACAGCCAAAACAGUCAUAAUCAAAGGAUUUGUGUCAAAAUAUGACCCUGAAAGUCACACGGUCAAGAAUCUGAACUUUUCCUCGGCAACCACCCCACUGAUGUUUCAGCGGACAAUAGAGAGCUAUGUGGAUAAACGUAUGGGCACAACAUAUGGUCCUCCCGCAGGGAAGAAGAUGGCUGUCUUUAUUGAUGAUUUGAAUAUGCCAGUAAUCAAUGAAUGGGGUGAUCAGGUUACUAAUGAGAUUGUCCGGCAGCUGAUGGAACAAAAUGGAUUCUAUAACCUAGAGAAGCCUGGCGAGUUUACAAGCAUUGUAGACAUCCAGUUCUUGGCGGCCAUGAUCCAUCCUGGGGGUGGACGCAAUGACAUACCACAGCGAUUGAAGAGGCAGUUCUCCAUAUUCAACUGCACCUUGCCUUCAGAUGCUUCCAUGGACAAAAUCUUUGGUGUGAUUGGGGUAGGCUACUACUGUCCCCAGCGGGGCUUCUCCGAGGAUGUGCGGGAUGCUGUGAUGAAGCUGGUGCCCCUGACCCGUCGCCUGUGGCAGAUGACCAAAGUGAAGAUGCUCCCUACCCCUGCAAAAUUCCACUAUGUGUUUAACCUUCGAGACCUUUCCAGGAUCUGGCAGGGCAUGCUGAACGUAACUUCAGAGAUCAUCAAAGACACAAGUGAACUGCUCAAGCUGUGGAAGCAUGAGUGUAAACGUGUGAUAGCUGACCGCUUCACCAUGUCUAGUGAUGUGACUUGGUUUGAUAAGGCUUUAGUCAGUUUGGUCAAGGAGGAGUUUGAUGAAGAGAAAACACUGGUGGUGGAUUGUGGAGUUGAUGCUUAUUUCGUGGAUUUCUUGAGGGAUGCACCAGAAGCUACAGGUGAAACAUCCGAGGAGACUGAUGCUGAAAUACCAAAGCUUUAUGAGCCAAUUGAAUCCCUUCAUCACCUGAAAGAGCGUUUGAGUGUCUUCCUGCAGCUCUAUAAUGAGAGCAUCCGCGGCACUGGCAUGGACAUGGUGUUCUUCACAGAUGCAAUGGUCCACUUAGUCAAGAUCUCUCGAGUCAUUCGCACUCCUCAGGGAAAUGCCCUCCUGGUUGGUGUGGGCGGAUCAGGAAAACAGAGCCUGACAAGGUUGGCUUCGUUCAUCGCUGGCUAUACCUCUUUCCAGAUCACUCUGACAAGAUCCUACAACACAUUGAAUCUGAUGGAAGACCUGAAGGUUUUGUACAGGACCGCUGGCCAUCAAGGCAAAGGAAUCACUUUCAUUUUCACAGACAAUGAGAUUAAAGAUGAGUCAUUUUUGGAAUACAUGAACAAUGUUCUGUCAUCAGGAGAGGUCUCCAACUUAUUUGCUCGGGAUGAAAUUGAUGAGAUUAACAGUGACCUGAUGUCAAUCAUGAAAAAGGAACACCCCAAGCGCCCUCCCACUAAUGACAACCUGUAUGAGUAUUUCAUGAGCAGGGUCCGAGGGAACCUUCACAUUGUGCUCUGCUUUUCACCUGUUGGAGAGAAAUUUCGAAACCGAGCUUUGAAGUUCCCUGCCCUUAUUUCAGGAUGCACAAUUGACUGGUUCAGCCGAUGGCCCAAGGAUGCUUUAGUUGCCGUGUCGGAGCAUUUCCUCUCAUCCUAUAACAUUGACUGCAGUGUGGAAAUCAAGAAGGAAGUCGUCCAGUGUAUGGGCUCCUUUCAGGACGGGGUGGCUGAGAAAUGUGCUGAUUAUUUCCAGAGGUUCCGGCGCUCUACCCAUGUGACGCCCAAAUCGUACCUCUCCUUUAUUCAGGGCUAUAAGUUCAUAUAUGGAGAAAAACUUGUGGAAGUGCAGAGCCUGGCCAAUAGAAUGAACACUGGAUUGGAAAAGCUGAAAGAAGCUUCAGAGUCGGUGGCAGCCCUGAGCAAAGAAUUGGAAGCGAAAGAAAGGGAACUGCAAGUGGCCAACGACAAAGCUGAUGCAGUCUUAAAAGAAGUCACAAUGAAAGCACAGGCUGCUGAGAAGGUCAAGGCUGAGGUACAAAAGGUGAAGGACAAAGCCCAGGCCAUUGUAGACAGCAUCUCCAAGGACAAAGCCAUCGCUGAGGAGAAACUAGAGGCAGCAAAGCCAGCUCUAGAAGAAGCGGAAGCCGCACUGCAGACCAUCAAGCCCUCUGACAUCGCCACAGUGCGCACACUUGGUCGACCCCCUCACCUCAUCAUGCGGAUUAUGGACUGUGUGUUGCUGCUCUUUCAGAGGAAGGUCAACCCGGUGAAAAUUGACCUGGAAAAAAGCUGCACUGUGCCUUCCUGGCAGGAAUCUUUAAAACUGAUGACGGCAGGGAACUUUCUCCAGAACUUACAGCAAUUCCCCAAAGACACGAUCAAUGAAGAAGUGAUAGAAUUUUUGAAUCCUUACUUUGAAAUGGCCGACUACAACAUUGAGACUGCCAGACGCGUAUGUGGGAAUGUUGCUGGUCUUUGUUCCUGGACCAAAGCCAUGGCUUCCUUUUUUUCUAUAAACAAGGAGGUGCUGCCUUUGAAGGCCAACUUGGUUGUGCAAGAGAAUCGUCAUGUGCUGGCCAUGCAGGACCUGCAGAAAGCCCAGGCUGAGCUGGAUGACAAGCAAGCAGAGCUCGACGUGGUACAGGCAGAGUAUGAACGGGCCAUGACUGAAAAGCAGACCUUACUUGAAGAUGCAGAGCGAUGCAGGCAUAAGAUGCAGACGGCAUCCACGCUCAUCAGUGGCUUGGCAGGUGAAAAGGAACGAUGGACAGAGCAAAGCAAAGAGUUUGCUGCGCAGACUAAACGACUUGUAGGGGAUGUGCUGCUGGCAACAGCUUUUCUAUCAUAUUCUGGUUCAUUUAACCAAGAGUUUCGAGAUCUGCUGUUAAAUGAUUGGAAGAAGGAAAUGAAAGCCCGUAACAUUCCAUUCGGGAAUGAUCUUAAUCUUAAUGAGAUGUUGAUUGAUGCCCCGACUAUCAGUGAAUGGAACCUCCAAGGCCUUCCAAACGAUGACCUGUCUAUUCAGAAUGGAAUUAUUGCCACAAAAGCAUCACGCUAUCCUUUGCUAAUUGAUCCACAGACUCAAGGCAAGAUCUGGAUUAAAAACAAAGAAAGCCAAAAUGAACUCCAGAUCACAUCUCUAAACCAUAAGUACUUUAGAAACCACCUGGAGGACAGCCUUUCACUUGGACGGCCUUUACUUAUAGAAGAUGUUGGGGAGGAACUAGAUCCUGCUCUGGACAAUGUUUUGGAAAAAAACUUUAUUAAAUCUGGAUCUACCUUUAAGGUAAAAGUUGGUGACAAGGAAGUAGAUGUUAUGGAUGGCUUUAAACUCUACAUUACUACCAAGCUGCCAAAUCCAGCCUACACCCCAGAAAUAAGUGCCCGGACCUCCAUCAUUGACUUCACUGUCACUAUGAAAGGCUUGGAGGAUCAGUUACUUGGGAGAGUCAUCCUCAUGGAGAAACAGGAACUGGAGAAAGAGCGGACUCUUCUCAUGGAGGAUGUAACGGCAAACAAAAGAAGGAUGAAGGAGCUGGAAGAUAAUUUGCUUUAUCGCCUGACGAGCACUCAAGGGUCACUGGUGGAAGACGAGAGUCUCAUUGUUGUACUGAGCAACACCAAAAAGACAGCCGAGGAGGUGACACAGAAGCUGGAAAUUUCUGUAGAGACAGAAAUUCAAAUUAACUCAGCCCGGGAGGAGUACCGACCUGUUGCUACACGGGGCAGCAUCCUCUACUUCCUCAUCACUGAGAUGCGCUUGGUUAAUGAGAUGUAUCAGACUUCGCUCCGUCAGUUUCUGGGCUUGUUUGACCUUUCCUUGGCCAGGUCUGUCAAGAGCCCAAUUACAAGCAAGAGGAUUGCUAAUAUCAUUGAGCACAUGACUUAUGAAAUUUUCAAGUAUGCUGCCCGAGGCUUAUAUGAGGAGCACAAAUUCCUGUUCACGUUGUUGCUCACCCUAAAGAUUGACAUUCAGAGGAACCAAGUUAAGCAUGAAGAGUUUCUCACCCUCAUUAAAGGUGGUGCCUCAUUGGAUCUUAAAGCCUGUCCUCCUAAACCAUCAAAAUGGAUCCUAGACAUGUCCUGGCUGAAUUUGGUGGAACUUAGCAAACUUAGACAGUUUUCAGACAUCCUUGAUCAGAUAUCAAGAAAUGAAAAAAUGUGGAGAAUUUGGUUUGACAAGGAAAACCCAGAGGAGGAACCUCUUCCAAAUGCUUACGAUAAAUCGCUUGACUGCUUCAGACGUCUUCUUCUCAUUAGGUCGUGGUGUCCCGAUAGAACCAUCGCCCAGGCUCGCAAGUACAUCAUGGACUCUAUGGGAGAGAACUAUGCAGAGGGAGUUAUCCUGGACUUGGAAAAGACAUGGGAGGAAUCUCACCCAUGGACACCACUCAUCUGCCUCCUGUCCAUGGGAUCUGACCCCACGGAUUCCAUCAUUGCUUUGGGGAAGAAGCUAAAAAUAGAAACACGCUAUGUGUCCAUGGGCCAGGGCCAGGAGGUCCAUGCAAGGAAGCUGUUGCACCAGACCAUGGCAAAUGGUGGAUGGGUACUUUUACAGAAUUGCCAUCUGGGACUUGACUUCCUGGAUGAACUAAUGGACAUCAUUACAGAAACAGAGACUGUGCACGACACUUUCCGCCUGUGGAUUACCACCGAGGUUCACAAGCAGUUCCCUAUAACUCUUCUUCAGAUGUCCAUCAAGUUUACCAACGAGCCACCUCAGGGCCUCCGGGCAGGCCUGAAAAGAACAUAUGGUGGUGUGAGCCAGGACCUGCUGGAUGUGAGUGUGGGGGCCCAGUGGAAGCCCUUGCUGUAUGCAGUGGCCUUCCUACACUCUACUGUCCAGGAGAGGCGCAAGUUUGGCCCCCUAGGGUGGAAUAUCCCCUAUGAAUUUAACCAAGCAGACUUCAAUGCCACUGUGCAGUUCAUUCAAAACCACCUGGAUGAUAUGGAUAUCAAGAAGGGUGUGUCCUGGACCACUGUCCGCUACAUGAUUGGAGAGAUUCAGUAUGGAGGCAGAGUCACCGAUGACUACGACAAGAGGUUGCUGAACACAUUUGCAAAGGUUUGGUUCAGUGAAAACAUGUUUGGACCAGAUUUCACCUUUUACCAAGGAUACAACAUUCCGAAAUGCAGCACAGUGGAUGGCUAUCUUCAGUACAUACAGAGCCUGCCUGCCUAUGACAGCCCAGAAGUGUUUGGGCUGCACCCCAAUGCCGACAUUACUUACCAGAGCAAGCUGGCCAAGGAUGUGCUGGACACCAUCCUGGGCAUCCAGCCUAAGGACAGCUCCGGUGGAGGGGACGAGACGCGGGAGGCUGUAGUGGCCCGCCUGGCUGAUGAUAUGCUGGAGAAGCUUCCAGAAGAUUACAGCCCUUUUGAAGUGAAAGAGAGACUGCAGAAGAUGGGGCCGUUCCAGCCCAUGAACAUUUUCCUCAGGCAAGAGAUUGACAGGAUGCAGAGGGUGCUCAGCCUCGUCCGCAGCACCCUGACUGAGCUGAAGCUGGCUGUGGAUGGCACCAUUAUCAUGAGCGAAAAUCUGCGAGAUGCUCUGGAUUGCAUGUUUGAUGCCAGAAUCCCUGCUCGAUGGAAAAAGGCCUCAUGGGUUUCAAGUACACUGGGCUUCUGGUUUACUGAACUCUUAGAAAGAAACUGCCAGUUCACCUCCUGGAUUUUCAAUGGCCGACCCCAUUGCUUUUGGAUGACUGGCUUUUUUAACCCCCAGGGGUUUUUAACUGCAAUGCGACAGGAAAUAACUCGGGCCAACAAAGGCUGGGCUCUGGACAAUAUGGUUCUUUGCAACGAAGUCACCAAACUGAUGAAGGAUGACGUUUCUGCCCCUCCCACAGAAGGGGUCUAUGUCUACGGCUUAUAUCUUGAGGGUGCUGGCUGGGACAAAAGGAACAUGAGACUCAUUGAAUCCAAGCCCAAAGUGCUUUUUGAGUUGAUGCCUGUCAUAAGGAUUUAUGCAGAAAACAACACUGCAAGAGAUUCCCGGUUGUACUGUUGCCCCAUCUACAAGAAACCAGUUCGAACAGACUUGAACUACAUUGCUGCUGUGGACCUCAAGACAGCCCAGGCCCCUGAACACUGGGUUCUCCGUGGGGUUGCCCUUCUCUGUGAUGUCAAGUAACAGAAAUGCAUAGUCCAAAUUAUUUUAAUCUUUAUUUCUCUGUCAGGGCUGGACAUGCAUAAAUCAGGCUGUGUCUAAUUAAUGAGGUGACACUGCCCUACAUACUUCCUUAGAUGCUUAGUUGUAUUUUACUUGUCUUGUCAUUGGCAAUCGACCCUUGCACUUGUUUUGAAAAAUAUUUAUUGAUUUAAAAGCAUCAUUAACAACCUCCUAAUGAAUUGUGGGCAUCAAAUCUCUAAUCAUGUAUUUUCUUCUUUCUAUCUGAAGUUUAUGUUAAGCAGUUGCUAUUUCCUCUAAGGGAUUGCUGGCCUGUUAAUGUGGUUCUGGCAGCAACCAGGUUCCCUAAGGUAACAUGAGAAGCUUGUGACAGUUUUGUUUCUAUUGCCUUUUGCCUUUUGGUCAGGUCAGGAGACUUGUUUUCUAGGCUUCAAGCAGAUAAUUAAAAGAUCUUUUUAUAAAACAAUAUGAAAUAGAAGAUCGAUUCAGAUUGCAAAUAGACAGCUUGGGUGAGCCUGGGGUGCAAACACAU